AUUGAAUUAGAUAUUUUGCAUGUAUUGUAUGGGGAUUGCAAACUAACAACUACUGUUUAAAAAAAGCGUCACAAUUUAAAGAAACUAUAAACAACUCUAAGUAUGGAUAUUAAGGACUCAAAUGAAAGUGGGAAGAAAAAUGAUACUUUUACAGUUGUACAGUCACGCAAACGGAAAAUGAAAGUUGCAGCAAUGGAAACAGAUGGCAGCAAAAGGCCACAUUUCCCAAGCAUAAGUGGAGAGAAAUUAAUCUCUGGAAAAGCUAGCUUGCGCAAGGUACCAGUUCCUGCAAAUCGCUACACUCCAUUAAAAGAAAACUGGAUGAAGAUCUUUACACCUGUAGUUGAAAACCUGAGGCUACAGAUUCGGUUUAAUCUCAAGACGAGAAAUGUGGAAAUACAAACAAGUCCGGAGACCACUGACAUCGGGUCUCUACAGCGUGCAGCAGAUUUUGUGAAAGCAUUUGUGCUGGGAUUCUCUGUGGAAGAUGCUCUUGCUCUUGUACGAUUGGACGAGCUGUUUUUGGAAUCGUUUCAAGUUACUGAUGUGAAAAGAUUGAAAGGAGAUCAUUUGUCACGAGCAAUUGGGCGCGUGGCUGGAUCUGGUGGAAGAACCAAGUUUACGAUUGAGAACGUUACAAAAACAAGAAUUGUGCUCGCUGAUACGCACAUCCAUAUUUUAGGUUCCUAUCAAAAUAUCCGACUCGCACGAACCGCUAUUUGUAAUUUAAUUCUUGGCAGUCCGCCAUCAAAGGUGUACGGGAACAUGAGAGCAGUAGCAAGUCGAAGUGCUGAAAGAUUUUAACAAACUAAAACAAAGAUUUGAAAAGAAUAAUCUUGAAAGAAUUUUUGCUAUGUGGUUUUUUGUUUAGGUUUAACAUGUUUUGUUUAAUCUGGUGCAAAUAUCAAUACUUUCAUAGGGUUUACAUUACCCCAUACAUUUUGACUUGCUGCUCUUGUUUAAAUAAUUCGCACUGAAGUUAAAAAUUGAACUUGAAUUUUCCUUCUUAUAUUCACGCAUUAUAGCAAAUAAUUGUUAUAAUAUAACAAGAUACGGUUUCAAAAAAAACAGAUAAAUGACAUCGUGUACCUGCCUUUAAACAAUUUGUUUUCAUAACUAG